CCACCUCCGGCCCACAGUUACUUUAUCUUCGCAUUUCCUCAACUACACUAGUGCGUCAUCAGCUCUCCGUCGGAACAAGGUCAAGAUGUUCGCCUUCACCUGGUUUUCACCGAGCACCUGGACUUUACUGGCUCUGUUUGUCACCCUGCUGUUACUGUAUAGCAUUUGGCCAUACAGGUUUUUCAGAAAGCUGGGUAUACCCGGACCAAGACCUCUGCCUUUUGUCGGAACAAUGCUGAACAUGAGAAAGGGGUUGAUUCCUUUCGACCGUGAGUGCAUGGCCAAGUAUGGAGAUGUCUGGGGGUUGUACGACGGACGAUCACCAUUUUUGAUGGUGUCUGACCCUGAGAUCAUCAAAACGGUGAUGGUGAAGGAGUGCUACUCUGCGUUUACCAACCGCAGGGAAAAUACCAUAGGUGGACCUUUGGCUGACGCAAUUACAGCCGUGAAGGAUGAAAGGUGGAAGAGAAUACGGAGCACUUUAUCACCGUGUUUCACCAGUGGACGACUGAAACAGGUUUUCCCCAUUGUCGCUCGCUACGCAGACCGACUCGCUGAAAAACUUGGACGGACAAAUUUGGAUGAACCUGUCGAUGUCAAACAAUUCGUGGCACCUUAUAGUUUAGAUGUUGUGACCAGCGCAUCUUUCAGUGUCGAGGCAAAUGCCAUAAACGAUCCAGAUGACCCCAUUGUUGUUCAUAUCAAGAAGGUUAUGAACUUCAGAUUUUGGAUCUUUUUCUUAUUAAUGAUAUUUCCCUUUGGUUCCCGUCUGUUGAACCUCCUGAAGAUUGACAUCAUAUCCACACCCAGUGUGGAUUACUUCUACAACAUCAUCAAAAGAUUUAAAGAUGAGCAUCGUGAAGAUGAAUCUGUGCGAGCUGACUUCCUGCAGGUGAUGGUUCAGAGUGAGAUACCAGAAACAGACAUAAAGAGCGAACACGACCAGCCAAGCAAAGGUUUGACUGAGCACGAGAUCCUUUCCCAGGCUUUCAUUUUCAUCUUUGGUGGCUAUGAGACCACCAGCACCACUCUCACUUACAUCCUUUACAAUCUGGCCACCCACCCUGAAGCAUUGCAGACGCUGCAUGAAGAAAUUGAUGCCAACAUACCGAAAGAUGCUCCCAUUUCAUACGAGGACGUGGUCGGUCUCGAGUACCUGGACCAGGUUCUUUGUGAGUCACAGCGUUUGCUUCCCACUGCACCUCGGCUUGAGAGGAUGUGCAAGAAAACUGUCCAGGUACACGGCCUCACCAUCCCUGAAGGAACCAUGGUUGGGAUUCCUGUGCACAUGUUACACAUGGACCCACGCUUUUGGAGCUCACCUGAGCUUUUCAGGCCAGAGAGGUUCAGUAAAGACAGUGGGGAGGAGGUGAACCCGUACGCCUACAUGCCGUUCGGUCUCGGCCCUCGUAACUGUGUUGGGAUGCGCUACGCUCUCCUCACCAUGAAGAUGGUAAUUGUCCGUCUCCUGCAGAGUUACACUUUGGAAACAUGCAAAGACACCGUGAUCCCGCUGGGGUUUGACUGGAAGUUCCAGCCGAUGAAGCCAGUAAAACUCCAGUUUGCUCGCAGACAACAGUAAUCAAAAAGGAAGCAUCUCAGAGUACACCUUAAUUAUGAAUUCCUAUUGAAAUCACUAUUUUGUAAUUGUUUUAACGUGUUGUAACUACUGACAGGAUGGCAGAGGUGGGGGAUGACGUGACUCAAGUGACUGAUAAAACACUCCACUUGACUUUGACUUGGUAUCCAUGACUUGAGACUUGAGUUUGACCUGCUCAGCUCACGUUUGGGGACUUUGACAGUGUGUUAUUAUCUCCCCUGCUCUCUGACAGCAGCAGGUAUGUUAUGUGAGUGGUGUGUCGUUCAUUCGGAGUAGGAGAGGAAGUAUUUAAAUUGUUUAAUCUAGCCGUCACGAGUCAGUUCAUAGGAGGACCCAAAUGCAGGCCAACAGGCAGAGUCUUUAACAAAACAAAUGAAAGCAGAACAAAAAAACAAACUGAACAGGGAUGAGCACAGGAAAAAUGCAGGGAUGAAGGCAGGAACGACCAGAGAGUGCGCCCAGGAGGAACACAGGAUCAACCCAGAAAACUAAUCACAAGAACGAGACACAGCUGGAGUAGGAGGACACAACCAGGGUGGAGCAAACAAGACUAAUACAGAACAGGUGUGAAGGGAAGACUCUGGGAACAGGGAGGGACUAACGAGCCAGGUGUGUCAGAAAACUGGCGGGAAAGUACACAAAGACAGGAAACAAAACCAGACACGACACAUGAGGAGAGAAUCUACAGAAUAAAACAGGAAGCAGAUUAAACAUGAACGAACAACAUGAACCAAGGAACACGAACAGAAACCUCCUCGACAAAGUCCAUAGGAUAACAGAAUAUGAACAAACCCAGGAUCAGGACACUAGUAAACGCAACUGCAAAAUCUUAAUUUGUUAAGUAACCAGUAACUGAAGCUGUCAGAUAAAUGCAGUGGAGUAAAGGUAGACGGUGACAUGACAAGAAAAGAUUUGCACUGACAGUAUCUGAGCUCGUGUGUUCGGUUACAUUCCACCACUGAGUGCAGCUUAUGUUACAUUAUCUUUAUGAGUGUGUGAGCAUGACUUGACUCGUGAUGUGCUUGACUUAUAUCAAGGACUUUAGACAUGCUUAUGACAUCCACAUGUGUGACUUACUCCCACCUCUGCAGGAUGGCAAGUUUGUACAGAAAGUAUUUAUACCGCCUAAACUCAUAGACUUAGCAUUUAAAGGGACAGUUCACCCAAAAAUAAAAUAUAUAUAUAUGUAAUUUUCCUCUUACCUGUAGUGCUGUUUAUCAGUCCAGAUUGUUUUGGUGUGAGUUGCUGAGUGUUGGAGAUAUUGGCCGUAGUCUGUCUGCCUGCCUUUGCUUUAACAUAAUAGAACCAGAUGGCACUCAGCUUGUGGUGCUAAAAGCAUCAAAAAAUACACUUGGAAAAACUCAGCAGCAAUGUCUCUUUCCAGAAGUCGUGACCCGGUUACCCAAUAAUCCACAGACCUUGUUGUGAGCAGUUACACGUAGGAAGUUACAUCCGCUAACCGAAUCAAUGUGCAGGAGGAGUCAUGAAUGAGCGGAAAAUAUGUAUUUUUGAUUUGGGGGUGAACUGUCCUUUUAAAACUCAACGCACCUUUGUUACUGAAACAUAUUCAUAACAGACCUAUUUGUAAGGGGCAGAUUAUAGAAUAUAAAACAACUUGAUUCGAGCACCUAUUUAGUUUAAUUUUGCAUUAGCUCUGCAUCAGUGUAGAGGAUUUUAAUGCAAAAGUCUGUUAAUUGACACACUUAACUGCACAAGCUUUGUAAUCUAACAAAAUUACAACCCACUUCAUUGUC